AUGGGCGCCCCUGAUUGCCUCGAUGACUGGGGAUGGAAUCGGUUUGUGGCAAGAAAGGACCUCGGGGAAAAAUAUGUUACUGACGGGCACGUCACGUUCGUAUGCACCAUCAUGGUCACGCGUGAUACUACCCCUGUCACCGUGCCCCUGUCUGACAUCAAGAACCAUCUCGGCUGCUUACUGGAUCAGGCGUAUGGGACGGACGUGUCGUUUACCGUCGACGGCGAGAUAUUCCCCAUGAACCGAGCCAUUCUUGCAGCCCGCUCACCCAUCUUCAAGGCAGAGCUUUUUGGGUCCAUGGCCGAAGCUACAAUGGCAUCCAUCACACUGCACGAUAUCACACCUUCAACAUUCAAAUAUUUGCUUGGGUUCAUAUACACGGUUGAGUUUCCUAUUAGUACAGAGGAUAACACCUCCAAUUCCAAUGAGGUAUUGUUUGACUUACUUGCCGCUGGGGAUCGGUACGCACUAGACCCGCUAAAGUUAUGGGAUAAUGUGUCAAUGGAUACCGUUACAUAUAUUCAAGCUUGCGCUGACAUGUACAAUUGCCUCGAGUUGAAGGACAAGUGCGUUGACUUCAUUGCAAAAGAGAAAAAAGCGAAGAAGCCUCUUAUUUCAAAAACGAUUUGA